AUGUUUUCAUUUUCUGCUUCUGGAUUAACUUGUGCACCACUGAUAAUUUAUCCUUGUAAGCGAAUUCCAGAAAAAAUAAGCCAGACGGUCAAAGAUCCUGAUUGGGGCAUUGGACGAUCCGAUAAUGGGUGGAUGACGGCAGAGACGUUCUAUUAUUAUGUGAAAAAUGUGUUCCAUCGAUUCUUGGUGAAAAAUAAUAUACAGUUUCCUGUAUUAUUAUUUUUAGAUGGCCAUAAGUCUCAUUUAACUUAUGAGUUAAGUUUACUUUACAAUGAAUUAAACAUAGAAGUUAUCGCCCUAUAUCCUAAUGCAAACCGAAUUCUUCAACCAUGUGAUGUUGCAGUAUUUAGGCCCAUAAAAAUGCGAUGGAAAAGGGCCGUCAGGGAAUUUUAUGAACAAAAUCCUGGAGAAGUUCUGUAUAAAAUGACGUUUGCUCCUCUAUUGGAAAAAGUACUGGCCAAUAAUAUUAAGAGGGACAUUUUAAUUAAUGGAUUUCGUGCGUGUGGUUUAUUCCCUUUCAACCCAGAUGCUAUUGAUUACACGAAAUGUUUGGGAAACAAAAAUGAGCGUCCUGAGAUAAAAAUGCCACCCCCGUGCAUGGACCAUAGAACAUAUGUCAGUUUGACUGGAGAAGAUUUAUUAAAAAGAAUUAAAUCUUUCGACGAUCUUUUGAUUAAGGAAGGCAUUACCGAAGAAUUUUUGACCUUGUACAAAAUAUGGAGUUAUUUUGAAAAACCAGAUUCGUUGCCAAAUGAUAAAAAAGAUGACUUGGAUAUGAUAGACGUGCCAGGAUCAUUUAAUAAUCAGGUAUUGAAAUUGACUGAGGCUGAACCUGAAUUAGAUACAUCUGAAAACCAACCAUCAAGUGCGCCACAAAUUAAAAUAAAUUUGGAUGCUGAAUUGAAUUCAUCUGAGGAUCAACUUUCAAAGGAGCCAAAAAUUAAUAUAACACACAACAUUGUCAUAAAACCUGGCAAAGACAGUAUCCUCAGUUUGCCUUCUACUAGUAAAAAUAUGGGUGACUACUUAGUAGUUCCAGAAAAACCAUCAAGAAAGAAUAAACGAAAUAUCGAAAGAGUUUCCUUUGCUAUAACAUCUAGAGAGUAUCAAGAGAGUUUUGAAAAGAAACGUGCUAUAAAGUUAGAAUUAGAAAAUAAAAAAUUGGAGAGAAAACGAAAAAGAGAAGAGAGUGCAGCAGCUAAAGCUUUAAAAAAGACUACGCGAAAAAAUAUAAUGAACAUGUUCCUGAAGAAGGAAACUGAUGAUGAUGAUAUUUCAGAAAUAGAAAGUGAAGAAGGAAUCAAAACAGACGAUCAAAUAAAACCUGACAGCAAAAUGUGUGAGUAA